GCGCCUCCUGUCUAGAUAGAGGAGGUGAGGAAUAGUUUACUUUUCAGAGUUCAAGGUUUGGUUUCGGUGCUCGUCCGGUGUGAAGGGUUUUUACCGAGGCAUUAAGCCCCUUUUCACAUAGUCAAGAUGCUGAACAUGUGGAAAGUGCGGGAACUGGUUGACAAAGCAACCAAUGUGGUGAUGAACUACUCAGAGGUUGAGUCUAAAGUCAGAGAAGCCACCAAUGAUGAUCCCUGGGGACCAUCAGGGCAGCUAAUGACUGAAAUUUCAAGAGCCACCUUCAUGUAUGAGCAGUUCCCAGAGGUAAUGAACAUGCUGUGGGGCCGCAUGUUGAGGGACAACAAGAAGAACUGGAGGAGAGUCUAUAAGUCCUUGCUAUUGUUGGCACAUCUAAUCAGGAAUGGGUCAGAAAGGGUUGUAACCAGUUCCAGAGAACAUCUGUAUGACCUGAGAUCGCUGGAAAGUUAUCACUUUGUGGACGAGAAUGGGAAGGAUCAAGGAGUAAAUGUUCGUCAGAAGGUGAAGGAGCUCAUAGAAUUUGUUCAGGACGACGACAGACUGAGGGAAGAACGGAAAAAGGCAAAAAAGAACAAAGACAAGUUCGUCGGUGUUUCCUCUGACAGUAUGGGAUUUCGAGGUUACUCGGGGGACAGGUACGACUCCGGUGGUGAAAGCCGUGGAAAGUGGGACGAUGACUGGGAGAGGAAUAAAGGACCUUUCCCCUUCAGUGAAAAGUUGGGGGAAAUAAGUGACAAAAUCGGCAGCACCAUUGACGAUACGAUAAGCAGGUUUAGGAAGAAGGACAGAGACGACUCCCCAGAUCGAUUCAGUGACAACGAUGAGGACCGGGAUCGUUCUUCGUACAACGGCCAGUCAAAAAGAGAGUUUAAAGACGAAGAGGAGACUGUUACAACCAAGAGCGUACAAAUCGUCCAGGCAACCGAGACAACAGCAACACGGAAGAGAGGAGUACCAUCUAGAAAAGUGGACCUGGGGGCUGCAGCCCACUACAUGGGAGACAAGAGCCCAGAUACCACUGCUAAACAGACCCAGCCAGCUGCAGCACCCCAACCUGCCAGUACAGGCCUGGCUGACCUCCUGAUGGUGGACACCACACCCAGCCAGCCUGCUGCCACAGAUCUCUUCGGCGGAUUUGCUGACUUCAACUCACCUGCUGCCUCAACUGGACAGGUCUCAGGAUCUGUGUCUGCAGCAGCAGUCUCUAGCCCCAAUGGAGAGUUUGGUGAGUGGAAUGCUUUUCCUGGAGGCCAGAUUCCAGCAUCUGCUCAGAGUCCUGAAAACAGUGGAAGUGACCUUUUUGGAGCCAUGGCAACAGCUUCCCCUACAGCCCCGAUCCCGGUUGUGGCGGCGGCGGUCCCGGCUCCCGCCUCGGCAGACCUGUUUGACUUGAUGGGACCGACUCAGACCCUCACUUCCUCCCAGAGCCUCAACUUUAGCAUGAGCAGCACACAGACACUGAGCACCAACAUCAUGCCUCAGCCAGUGUCACAGCCCAUCCCUAACAUGGGCGGUCCUCUGCAGCCACAGCCCGUGCACCCAGGAAUGGCCUCACAAGGCCCUGGAGCCAAAGCGUCCCUUCCUUCCACUUGGUCCGAUCACUCGGUUAACAUCAACCUGGACUUUCUGGGGCCUGGCAUGCAGCCUCCCAAGCCUAGCCAGCCCAGCCUCAACACCCUCCAGCAAGGCAAUCAGCCGGCUCCCAACAUGCUCACCCAGGGAUUUUCCAGUAUGAAUCUUGGACCUACACCAGUCAGACCUCCUGCUAAUGCUAUGAUGCAGCCUGGAGCUGGCAUGGGGAUGGGAAUGGGGAUGGGGAUGGUUCCUAACCAGGGCAUGAUGGGGAUGGGGAUGAACAUGGGGAUGCCACAGGGAGGUAUGACCAUGGGAAUGCCCGGAGGAAUGGGAAUGGGGAUGGGAAUGCACCCUGCAAUGGUCCAACAGCCCAAACACGACGCCUUUGCUGACUUUGGCAACUUCGGAAAGUGAUGGAACCAGAGAGCAGAGAUUAGCGGUAAUGGAGGCAGUCUCUUGCCGUCCGUGAGUGAAGGAUCAUCAUGAGCUCCAAACAAAGAGUACUUGAAAAAAUGUCAACUAUCAUAUUAACACCCUGCCAUCUCCCUGUUUUUUUUUUUUUUUAACAAUUCUGUAGUGAUGUGGAUCUAAAUGAAUGCGCGAUGAUUGAACCAAUGAUGUGUGUGGUCUGGCAUGAUGGUUAGACGUCAAGAUGGUGUGCCUUGUUCGAUUUAUUAUUCAGUGAGAAGACAGUGCCACUGAGAAAAUGUCAGGGGGAUUUGCUUUAUAACCUCAAUCACACAAAAUCAGAGUAGCAAAAAUAAACAUAUAUUAAUAGCUCCAUUUAUUAAAUAACUAUCUAAUGAUUCAUUUGGAUAACAUGAUCAGCCAUUUUAACCUUAACAUGUCAAAGAAUGUUUCUUUGUUUUUUCUUCUUCUUCGGUCUCUGUCUUCCUAUGACGUGUAAAUAGAAAUCUGGAGCCCUUGCAAUAAGUUAUGAAGUUCACUGAGAGGCAGCGAAAAUGUGACGAGUUGCAUCUUACAGACUAAAUCUGAUAUGAAUCGAGAUCUACGGCAAAGCACAUGAAUGCAUUCUCUUUGUACAUAUGUGUCCACACUCCAAAUGUGGCUUUAAGUGUUACAGUUGGGGGGUAAUUAUUAUUAAUUGUUUGCAGUGAAAAGUUGUUGAUUAAUUCAAGGAGCGUCUCCUUUUGGUAAAGUGUAAUUUGUGGCCUUUCUUAUUAGAAGAUAUCUAUAUAUAUUUUACUUAUGAAGAAUAUUAUAAUCAGUUUGCGUCCAAGCGAGAUAAUCAAUGAAAACUGCCUCAUGUAGGGGGUGGGGGGUGAUGGAGGGAUAUGGGAUUUUUAUUACAACAGUUAGUUUUGUUUUUUUUCCCCUUCCCCUAAGCAGAUACAAUGAAACUCUGUCACACAUAGAAGAUAAAAUAGUUUUACUCUGUUUUGUCCCAUGCACCUUUGUUUUUUCUUUUAAUUGUGUCCGAACUAUUAAGGCCAGUGAUAGCUUCAGUUCCAAACACACAAACGUAUUCUCUCAGCACCUCAGGUGUUAACGCAAGCUGUUAAGAUGCAUCUCUGUGAAAUGUUGACCAUUCGUUUGUUUUGGUGGUAUAUAGUGCCUUCCGUCAUCACUGUUCUUGCACAUUGUUACGACGGCCUCGGAUGAGUUUUUAACGUCACAGGAAUCGCCGGUCCAAGUCGGUGUGCUUUGCAACUCGUCAGGUACAGAUUAAAGGAGGAUAAGGAACUUUUUAAGCGAAUUCAGCUGCACACCGCAGUUAGUUUGUGUCAACAUGUGAGCAUGGUUGGUCCUAAGUGAUUCCAAGUGCCUGCCGAUCAGCUGCCUCUUGACCCUUGUUAAUGAGUGAUUGAUAAUCAAAAUUGAACUGCGCCGGCUGGACCUUUCCUUUUGUUUGUGUCUGAGAUAAAUAAUUCACCAACAACAGAAGAAGGCAGUAUCCUCUCAGGAGGAUUCAACCUGCGCUUUCCGACUCUCCUUAAGGGCUCAAGCAGCUGAGUGCAGUAACACAUAGUAGCCUGGCGUUGAUGUCUGGAGCAUUAAAAUGACCAAAAUCUGUUUGCUGUUUUUUCUAAUGUAUAUCAGAAAUUGUUUUAUGCAUUUUGUUUUCUACUUUAAAUCAAUUUUUUUGUCCUCUUUUUAAAAUGGGAUUGUUACUGAAACACUAGUAUAUGCAAAUGUACGAGAAACCCUCUGAGAAAAUGAGAUCUUGCAUUUACUCCCAUUCUGAUUUGAUUUGAAUGUCAAGAUUCCUUAUGGACAACAUUAAACAGUUGAUUUGAAUUUGUUAA